AACUCAUUAGUUAGCUACUAUGUUUUCUGAUUCAUAGAAAACAUGGGAACUUUGGUUGCUGUUUCCAAUUCCACCACCAGCCAACGGACAAUUCGAAGUGGCAGCUCCCGAGGCGGUGGCGGUAGAGGGGGUUUUUCAUGUUACACCAUGGAAUUAGGAUGGAUAAGAAGUAGAAGAAGUAAUAUGAAAACAAGCCUAAAAUCAAAGGCACCGCCUCAAAUGAUUCCAAUAUACAUGUCCACCCACCUAUCAGACAUAAAUCUUGAAGAGCUAAGAGAAUUGUACGGCAACUGCAGUCACUCGUGCCACCGCUUUCCCAGAGUGGACCCUCAUACUGGCAGAGUUGAUGAAGUCAUAGACAUCACCAAGCUCCGAAUUGCUCUCUCCCACAGCUCAGUGCUCCUCUCCAUCUUCUGCAACCCUCAGCAUGUGAAUCUGACUCAGACCGCCAACUCAGAGAAGCAAAAGCAGAAGCAAGUCAAGGGCUUUGUUCGAGGUUUCCUCGAGACAGUGCUUCCGGUCACUCCCUACAGCGGCCAGCUUGUGGGGUUUGGGCGUGCUGUUUCGGAUUUUGGAUUGACGGCAUCCAUCUACGAUGUCAUGGUUAUUCCUUCGUUACAGGGUAUUGGAAUCGGCAGAAUAAUAGUUGAAAAAAUUGUAAGAAUACUCACAGCAAGAGGUAUAUAUGACAUAGCGGCCCUCUGCUCUGAAAAAGAGAGGUUGUUCUUCAAAGCUUGUGGGUUUGGAAGUGACAUUUUGGGCUCCACUACGAUGAUGUAUACAAGGACCGUUUCCUCUUGUUCUGAAGGUCAUCAGAAUCAGAUAGUCAGACGUGCUGGUCAAAAAGUCUUGUUAUCUCCUCCACUAAAAGAGAGCUCUGAGUCUUCUGCAUUCUUGAAGACAAGUAAAUCCGAAUUGGUUUGAGGGCAUAGCUAAAGGGGAGUGUAAAAAUUGUUGACUCACAGCCUCUUUACAAAGCAGUGAGUCUUUAGUUACCAUUCUCACGAUUCUAUAUUUGUGUGUUAAAAUUACUCAAGUGGUGAAUCAAUUUUCUUUUUGUCCCACAAGAAUGGAUAUAUCAUGUUCAAAUUGUUGAACUUGUUUAUAUCAUAUUGUGGUAGACAUAGUUUGUAAUUACUGCCAACGAUUGUUUUUUUAGUCUCCAAGUUGCUUUAAUCCUCAUCCAGAUUCCUGUCUCUGAAGGGCUUUACACAGAACUCUUAUUAAACUGGCCUGGACAGCAGUAGUAUUUCAUGUUUGGAAGGAAAGGAAUAACAGAAUUCAUAAACAGAAAUUUCAAUCUGCAUGGGUGAUAGUUUGGCAUAUUCAAUUUGAUGUAAGAAAUAAGAUUUUGGGUUUUUAUAAAACCAAAAUCUUCUGUACUACCUAUGCAUAUUGCAGUACAUUGAGGGAUUGAGUUUGUUGUGAAGGAUUAAGUAUAGUUUAAACUGUAGUUUUUCAUUGAAUGUAACAGCAUUCUUGCUGCUCUUUGUAUGUUGAGGGAUAGGAUAAAUGAAAAUUUUACAC